AUGCCCUUUGGUCGCAAGAGCACCAAGGUGAAAAAGGACAAGGGCAAGAAGAAGAAGGGUGCUGUCGAGCGCGGCGAUUUCAUGAGCGAACCCACCGGUGGAUGGCUUCAUGAUCAGCAAGCUCUGAACUUUGGCAAGGGUAUCUUCUACUCCUAUCCCGUCCGCUAUGUGGGCUCGAUCCAAGUGGUUCAGUCCCUUCGCUCCCUAUCCACCCCGGAGAAAACUGCCAUCUGCCGAGAGGCUAUCAAUCGCACGGGUGAAGCCGCCAAGCUCAUCAAGGUCAAGCGCAAAGCCCCACCCCGUGCCAAGGAGUUCCUCGCAGACACACCGUUCUUGAAGGUCCUGGACCUUAAAAUCAACAUCUCUGCCAAGGGCAUCGUCACUACCUCAAUUCCCAAACGCGAGAUCUUGGCCAAUGAUCCCAUCGCAAAGAUCAGCUUUGCUGCUGGUGGUGUUGACAAGAGCUACUUUUGGUUUACCUACGUGGCCAAAGAUCGACGCGACAAUCGCUAUUGCCACGUCUUUGACGGGGGUGCUCUUGCUGAUGAUAUCUUAGCCACGCUUGGCCAAGUUUUUUCGCUUUUGGCGACCAACAACUUGCCCGUCAAGUCGGCACCGCCCUUGCCCCCCAAUCACCCUUCUUUGCUGCAAGGAGCUGCUGCGCUGGCCGCGGCGCCCAAAAUGCCGGAAGGGGAAGGUGUGAACAUGGUGAUUGCUCAAGAAAUUCUCCAGUACGGCGACGAUGAAGAAAACUACGAAGGAAUCGAGGAUACGGGUGCGGUGAAUCCUCUCAUGCAGCAGGAGCUGGCCGCCUCUGGAGAAGCAGCGCCAGCCGCCAAACCUUUGGAGAACUAUGAAGAACUCGACGAAGAUGCCGGAGCUUUGUCUUAUGGUGACAUGGCACCCAUUUCACAACCGCACGUGGUCCCUCGCGAACGCACGGCGUCCCAGCCUGCCAUCGCCGGCAAGCGCUCGGCACCGCCGCCACCCACCCAGCAGCCCAUGGACGAGUACACGGAAAUGAGUGAUGCCAUUGAGGAAACCGCCUAUGGAGGCGCCAUCGACCUCUACGAGCACCUGCAAGGCCCCGCCACAAGCAACGGCGAAAGUCUGGCCAACUUUCUCAACGUCAAGGCCUUUUCGCGCAACAUUUACGGUGAUGAUGACGAAGACGCCUCGGACGCCAUUUAUGGCGAUGGCACGGUGGGCUGGUCCUACUUGGAUGUCAAGCCUGAAGCGGAUGAUACCUAUGGAACUCUGGCGGACUUUGCCUCGGGUCUGUAGGCCAACUUCUAGUUUGCUCGCUCCCGUUCUACCACCUCAAUGACUGCCCACCCUACUCUUUUGUCAUUUUGUUGUUGUGUAAAUUCCCCUUCUUUUCCGAGUCUUGUUGGCCCAGGCCGUGCUGUUUGCUGAUGGUUUAAUCGUCUUGUGAUAAAAGAGUCCAAAUUGUGCUAUC